UAAAAAGUAAAAUUGGAGCUGGAAAAUGGCUAGGACGUUGGGAGACCGAGGCAACGUUAUGGGUGAUUGGGCGGGACCGCGCCGGGAUUCACGACAUGACUUUAGCAAAGCGCUUAUCAGCUUCACAGCUUUGCGCCGUACCCAACUCGACUUCUUGUAUCCCUUGAGAACUGUCGAGAGCUUCGAUCAGCUGAAGCAACUGCCCAACCUUACGGAACCAGCCCUAUUCGACCCUUUCAGCUCCAGCCUGCGUCUUCUCUCAUGCCACCUUCGACAUCGUCGUCGACGAAACCCUCUUCUGGCCAAUCAACGGCAGCCCACCUCCUUCGUGGCGCAUAUGGAAAGCUUGACUGUCAUGUUCCAUCCUUCUACUCCUUCAGAGUCCUGGUGUUUCAAGGGACUGCCUGGUGUGGGUGCGACCGAUGGUUAUGAAGCGACAUCAGCUUCAUACCCUCCGCCUUUGACUACUGACGCAGAGUAUGAUGAACAUGAUGAUGUCGCGGACCUGUACUGGACAGAAGAAGUGCGCAGAUUGUCAUCCCGCGUGGAACCGAACAACGACAUUUUAGUGCCAUUCCUGACAGCAUUCCCAAAGGCCGCCGCGUCGAUGACUAAACUGAAGGAGGCUGUGCUCUGGUCACCGCUUCAAUCCAAUCCACCUAGUGUCGAGGCAUACGACGACUUCUGUUUCGAACAAGUGUCUAAUUUCUUAGAUUGGAGUGACGUGGGCCUGGCAUGGAGGACGGACGAAAGAGCGUUCAUGAAUUUCCCCGGUAAGGACUUCUGUAGCAGUCGUCAACUCUAG